CUCUCUUUUUCUGACAGUUCACAAACAACAUUCGCGUAGUCGCGCAUUUUUCCAAGCCAGAAAUUCAAAAAUAUCUCAGUGAAAAUGGAUAUUAAGCCGACGGAUAAUUCGCUCAAAACAAUGGUGUCCAAUCCACCCCCGAAGACCGCAUCAUCCACAGGUUCUAAUUCUAUUACAAUACUUCAACAUCCAAAGCUACCGCCACAUAGCAGCAUGGUAAUACAGAUGCCAAUGCCCACCGGCCCACAGGAAGCAAUAAAUUCUAUACUAGUCAGGAAUUGCGUUGCCACCGUUAGCUUGGGCUGUGAGUUAAAUCUGCAGGCAAUUAACUUCCGUCUGCGAAACUCAGAAUACAACCCGGCUCGCUUCCAUGGGGUGGUGAUGCGAAUACGGGAGCCCCGCUGUACGGCGCUGGUUUUCCGCUCGGGAAAAAUCGUCUGUACGGGGGCCCGCAACGAAGCGGGAGCCUUUCUGGCGGCCCGAAAAUUCGCCCGAAUCAUACAGAAAUUGGGCUAUAACGUGCGAUUUCUGGAGUUCAAAGUGCAGAACCUGGUGGCCACCGUAGAUUUGCGGUUUCCGAUUCGAUUGGAGAAUUUGAACCAAGUGCACGGUCAGUUCAGUUCGUACGAACCAGAGCUGUUUCCAGGGUUGAUCUAUCGGAUGGUGAAGCCUCGGGUGGUGCUUCUGAUUUUCGUCAAUGGAAAAAUUGUUUUUACUGGUGCCAAAUCAGAGCAGGAGGUGAGCGAUAGCUUGGAGAACAUUUAUCCUAUUUUGCAAAGUUUUAGGAAAAAUUAGGCAUUUUUAUUGUUAAGGCGGCAUUGAUAUUGUGUCACAUUGUAUAUAAAUUAGGUUUAAUCUCAAAGUAAUACCUGGCUAGAAUAAUAAAUUUAUCAAUUUCAUAUAUUUUGUGUUGUAAA